AUGCUAAUUUCAAAGGAACCUAUAAUGUUAAACUUAACAUCACAAGCGAUAUCGAUCUCACUGGCGGUGGCUGUAAUAACUGUAAACUCAAACCAACUACUCUUCCUGUUAGUCUGGGUACCUACACCCUCACUGAUAGUGCUAGUGAUAAUAAAAAUUUUACAGGAAGUCCAGACCCCAAUGCUCUUCACUCCAAUCAGCAACGCACUAACUGUUGUAUGUAUUCUAAGCAGAAUACUUAGUCAACUGAAUCUCCUAAUAAUCGUUGUGAUGGCAUUCGUUUACAAUUCUAGCUCCAUUUCAGAUAUGUUUAGAGGGUAUAUUCAUAUACUGUUUGCAUUAUACAGACUCUGCAAUUGA